GAGGAUCAUCCCUCCUCUAUAGAGCUCUCGCAGAGAACCAAAUACUCCACAUGGGAAACCAGAGGAAGGGCUGGGAAAUUGCCCUUGUAUACCAACAGGAUGACACGAUGUGGAGCUCCAGAGAGCUUAAUUAUUGAGGCAAAAAAACUGCACAACCAGUGAGGACAAUAUCUCUUCUGUGUGUCUCUGCUUGGAAACACUGCUCUGCCUCCAGGUCCAUGGGUUUAUCUGUCGAGAGCAACGAGCCAUCACUCUCUCAUGUCAUCUCUAACGUGAUGCUCCUGAUGCUGACGGGGAUGAUGGUGACGAUGGCGGCAAUAUCUAACACUGACCAGUCACAUAUCUGACAGUCCUGCAGCAUAGACACAUAUUCCUUGACUUGUGAGGCAGCGUAGAGACAGAAGGAGCUGGGCAGUGUGGAAUCAGUGCCAAUGGCCUAUUUAUUUGGAUGUGCACCAUCUGGACACCUGUAACCAUGGAUCUGUAGUCCUCUUCAAAUCUUGUUGGGGUGGUGCUUAACAAAUAGACUGCCGUGGUUUGCCCUCCGGAGGAGAGCAUUAAACAGGUGGAGCUGAACACUGCUCUCAUUAGUUACAGAUGCAGUCACCUGCCACUCACCAGAGACCGAUGCCAGAGAGUUUCCACAGCUAUUUCUGCCCACACUUCGGAGACACUGGAGGAAUGGCACAGACUCUGUGACUGGAUGUAAGCUCAGUGGAAUUUAUUGUACUGCUGUGGACCCGCAGAUAACAGGAGGAAUAACAGGAGCCUCCUCUUCAGCCUGCGGAACUGAAGUUUUGUUCUGAAAGUCUUUCUUUUUUAUGUGGCAACAUAAUGUUUCAGUGUGUUCGUUGUCCCUUUUUACUGAUGUUAUCUGUGGAUCCAGUCGAUUUAAAAUGAGUCUUGCUUGGCGAUAUAUGCAUUUUAAGACAUCCAAUUGCUCUUAAAUGUCUCCUACGCGCCCAUCAACAGUGACUCAAAAGUGUAACUUUGUACUUUGCAGUUUGACCGUCUCUCCCAGUGAGUGAAUCAUGGCCAGCACGGCGGUUCAACUCCUUGGCUUCUUCUUGGGGCUGUUGGGGUUUGUAGGAACUGUUGUUGCAACUCUGCUCCCCCACUGGCGCAGCACAGCCUAUGUGGGCUCCAACAUCAUCACAGCCACCGCCUAUAUGAAAGGCCUGUGGAUGGAGUGUGUAUGGCAGAGCACUGGCAUUUACCAGUGUGAGCUGUACAGAUCUCAACUGGCACUGCCACGCGACCUGCAGGCUGCCCGGGCGCUCAUGGUGCUCUCCUGCGUCACCUCAGUCCUGGCAUUUCUGGCUUCAGUCAUGGGGAUGAAGUGUACCCGCUUCACCCGUGACUCCACAAUCAAGUCUCCGCUGGUGCUAAGUGGGGGGAUAUGUUUUCUCUGUGCUGGCCUGCUUUGCCUGAUCACCGUGUCCUGGACAACCAACAAUAUCAUCAUGGAUUUCUACGACCCCUUCCUUCCCAGUGGGAUGAAGUAUGAGAUGGGCCUGGCCGUGUACCUCGGUUACGCCUCAGCCUGCGUCAGUCUGAUCGGAGGACUGGUGCUAUGCUGGAGCAGCAGCAGUGACAGGCCACGGAGGCCGCCCCUCCACGUGCGGAGGAAUCCACCAUUAUCACCUCCCCCUGCCUUCCACCACAUAUACCCUGCCGCUCCACCCUACAAGCCCCCCGAGGCCCUGAAGGACAACCGUGCUCCCUCACUUUGCUCCCUUUCCAGCAGUGGCUAUAGGCUCAACAACUAUGUCUGAGACUACCAUCUGCAAAACUAUAAAGACUGUUAUGUCUGAAAAAAGAUACGGCACAGACCAAAACAGCUGAAGACUUCUCAAAUUGAAUAUCUAUGUAAAAGUAUUUUAUCCGACCCAAGAAAGAGUUUAAAAAAUGGAAAAUAAAGUAAAUUACACCACUG